AUGACGUUCAUGAAGCACGUUGGCCUGGCCGCUGCUCUGCUGAGCUCAGCAGCUGUGCAAGCCUCCCUCUACGGCGAGAGCAAUGUCAACCACACUUGCGUACUAGAGCCUUCCAUUCUCUCCUGCUCGUCGCAGGCGAACCCAGCCAAUGUGGACAGCUGCUGUACGGAAACCUACGGUGGUCUCGUGCUUUCGACCCAGUUCUGGCAGACAUGGACGGGCCUUGAGUCCAAAGGUCAGAAACUGCCACCCAACCGGUGGACUUUGCACGGUCUGUGGCCCGACUUCUGCAAUGGAUCGUACACGCAGUACUGCGAUUUGUCGCGCCAAUACGACCCUGUGCCGUCGCCGAACACCACCAACGGUCUGCCCAAUGGCACCGUCGUUCCGCCAUAUGAUGGACCCAACGUUGGCACCUUCCUGGAAGCCUUCGGACGAUAUGAUCUGCUCAAGUGGAUGAACACGUAUUGGGUCAAUCAGGGCGCUCCCAACACGGACUUUUGGGCCCAUGAGUUCUCCAAACAUGCGACCUGCUUCUCGACGUUUGACCUCCCUUGCUACGGGCCCGAAUACGUUAAACAUCAGGAAGUCGUGGAAUUCUUCGAGACCGCGAUCAAGUACUACAACCGUCUGCCCACUUGGGAGUGGUUGAAUGAGGCCAAGAUCGUGCCUUCGAACUCCACCACGUACACGUUGUCCGAUCUACAGGCCGCGCUGACCAAGAAGUACGGCGCGACACCUUACAUCGGCUGCUCUGGCCCCCGUUACAACACCACCGAGGCCGGGAAGGAUAGCUCGGACAAUGGGCGUACGGUGAUCAGCGAAGUGUGGUAUUACAGCCACGUUAUUGGACGUCCGCAAGACGGAAUCUCCAUCCCCGUCAAUGCGACGGGCUCGAACACCAGCUGCGCAAAGGCCAAAGGUGCCCUGCACUACUACGAGAUGACCCCGGAGUCGGUGCAAGGCCAUUAG